CGCAGCACUAGCAAAGGUGAUCCUUUGUCAAGUGAUUUUGUUCAAUAGGAGGAGGGAAGGUGAAGUAGCACGUAUGACUGUCAAAAAUUUUGAAGAUCGUGACAUGUCCAAACUAAACGAUGACAUCAGCUCUGGGCUUACAGAAGUUGAGAAAAGGCUUUGCCAACAGUUUGCCAGAGUGGAACUGAAGGGGAAAAAAGGACGAAAGGUGGCUGUGAUCCUGACUUCUGAUAUGACCGAUAACCUGUCACUCCUCGUUAGUAAGAGGAAAGAGUGCGGGGUAUCUGAAAACAAUAUGUACCUUUUCGCCAUUCCUUGUAGUGAUGGUCACUACAGAGGGCAGUUUGGUCAGUUUGCAGAUGCUUGCGGAGCUGAACAUCCUCAGAACCUCAGAUCAACUAACCUUCGCAAACAGAUUGCCACGAUAAGCCAAGUCAUGAACUUGAAAGAUAAUGAACUAGACCAGCUGGCCGAUUUCCUCGGCCAUGACAUCAGGGUCCAUAGAGAAUACUAUCGACUGCCCCAAUCAACAAUUCAGCUGGCUAAGAUCUCCAAGUUGCUCAUGGCCAUGGAGAAGGGAAGUGUGAAGGACAUUCAAGGAAAAACUCUGGAUGAAAUUGGUGAUGACAUAGAUGGGAUGGCUACUGGAUCACAGCAACUCCCUGAUGCUUCCACAUUGCGAGAAAAAUCUAUCAAUGACAAUGAAGAAAUAUUAACUUCUGUGACUUCUGAUUUGCCUCACUUCUCCGAGACUGCAGCUCAAGAUGACCAGGGGAAUGAUGCCUGUGUGACUUCUGGUUCACCUCCUGUCCCUGACUCAGUUACUAAAGGUUUACGUGUUUCAGCAAGGCGGUGUGUGAAGAGACCAUGGUCUGAGGAGGAGAUAGGAGCGGUGAUGAAACAUAUGAAGCCUUUUAUUGAAAACGGUAUCACUGUCACCAACCAGCAGUGUCUGAAGUGCAAAGAAAAGGAACAACCUAUCUUGGAGACGAGAUCUAUUCAAAACAUUCGAGAUUUUGUGCGCAACAGAGGACUGGCCUUUAAAAAAAAUAAAUAAAUGUUAAACACUAAAUGCACUUUUUUACAGUCUGAGCCUUUACCUUUCUGGGCCUGAUUUCAAGGUUAGUGUUCUCCAUUCAAAAAGUAUGUAGUUGACUUCACUGUGCUCACAGGCAGUGUUUUGUUUUGAUGUGUGGUUAGCCU